GGCGAAGGUUGGUAAGGUAGGCGCAUUCGCUAAUUACAACACUAGACAUAAAAAUAUAAACCAUGAAUACCAGAGCAGUCGGGUUUAUACCAGAAGCAAUGGAUGCAUGUGAUGCUCCAAAUCCACUUCAUCAAAAUAUUAUCCCAGUUAUUCAACGCCCCAGUGAGGACUGCUAUAAGAUGAAUCAUGCAAAACGCGGCUACGCCCACAUAUUUAAUCACAUCCCUGAUGGAAUCGACAAAGCUCGAAUUGCAGAAACCCUCAAAAAACUAAAAUUUGAGGUGAAAAUUCACGACCAAUUAAAAUACAGCGAAAUUAUGAAGGAACUAGAAAUAUUGGCUUCAUUGGAUUACAAAGAUGUUGAUUGUUUAAUGAUUGUCGUGAUUACACAUGGUGAUGUGACAGGCAUAAAAGCCCAAGAUGAAGAAUAUUAUCCUGAUUUAUUGUGGUCCAAGUUUACAAGCGAGAAGUGUCCAUCAUUGGCAGGAAAACCAAAAAUAUUUCUUAUUGAUGCUUGCAGAGGUAAAAUCGUUGAUAAAGGUAUCAACGUUCAAUUUGAUGGUAAUUCGCCCAGUGGUGCGAAAACUGUUAAAAUUCCAAAGCUGGCCGAUAUUUUGAUUAUGUUUUCGACUCAAGAUGGGCAUUAUGGAUAUGGGGAUGACAUAAGUGGAUCUUGGUUUAUACAAGCCUUGUGUGAAGAAGUCGAGAAACGUUAUACAUCAACUGAGUUUACCAAUAUUCUCACAUUAGUGAACAAACGAGUUGCUUUCGACUUUCAGGGUAACAAUCCGAAGAAUGCAACAUUUCAUGAAACCAAACAAGUUGGUUCAAUUGUUUCUAGUCUUACCAGACUAAUCUACUUUUCUUAAACAUAUUCGAUGCCGAACUUUAGAAUACGGUACAAAUGAUAGAAUAGACAUAAUAAAGAUUAUAAUAUUGU